UGUGCCUAACAAGCUUCAUGGUCGGUCAUGGAACUGCUGCAGUUCACAUGUCUGCUUUUACUUAUCAGCUUGAAAUGUUUGACAGGUUUUGGCAAACAGUGUGGGGGUAACCAGUGGCAGUGUGAUGAUGGAGCUUGUCUGCCUCUUUCCUGGCACUGCGAUGGAAAUGGAGACUGUAUGGACGGCUCUGAUGAAAUAGCCUGCCCCUGUCCUAGGGGCCAGGUAGCCUGCAUGGCCGGGGCUCCUGGUUGUGUAAGUACCUCUGCAGUAUGUGAUGGGCAGCGCCAGUGUUCUGAUGGGUCUGAUGAGUUUAACUGCCCAGAGAACCAGGGCUGUCUGCAGGGGGACUGGAGGUGUAGGAAUAAGAUCUGCAUCCCCAAGGACCAAUACUGUAAUGGUGCUAACGACUGUGUGGACAACUCUGAUGAGGCCUGUGGCCGGUGUGGGCCAAUGGCUGUGCGUUGUCCUGGAGGGGAGUGUCUGACUGAAGAUGAGAGAUGUGAUGGAAAAUUGCACUGCUCUGAUGGCAGUGACGAACCCUCUACCUGUGGGAGGACCUGUUCAGAAGAGAACGGUGGCUGCAGUCACUCCUGUGUGGAUCAGCCCUGGGGAGCCCUCUGCUCCUGUCCUAAAGGCCAUAGGCUGUCUGCAAACGGAGCCUCCUGUCUGGAUGUGGAUGAAUGCGCUCUGCCUUACGGUCCAUGCAUGCACUUCUGUGUCAACACACCCGGGUCCUUCUACUGCCACUGCCGAGAUGGCUUCCAGCUUCAAGGAACCACCUACUGCUAUGCUAAAGGAAAUUAUACAAAGUUUCUGACUACAAAGAAGGGAACUAUCGGAUUUCUGAAUCUGAAGACUCUGAGAUUCGAGUCCAUUCAGAGUAUUGGCUAUGAUCCUCUGGCCCUGGCCUUUGACCUCUCCAGGAGCUCAUUCUACUGGGCUGAUAACCAGGGGAACAUCUACAAGGCUAAGGAGCAGCAGCGCAGGAUCCUUUAUCAUGGACAAUAUGGGGUUAGAAGUCUAGUCUGUGAUUGGCUGACAGGCCAGCUGUACUGGACCAACCAGAAGACCCGGUCUAUUCAUGUUGGGGCAGCUGAUGGGAGUGGAUUUGCAACGGUCUUGGCCAAGAACAUAGACCCUUCGGAGCUGGUCCUUCUUCCCAUUGAAAGCUUGUUGUUUUGGAUCAACAAAGGUCCAGGUGAUAAAAUUACUCUGGAGAGAUCUGGGAUGGAUGGGAUAAAGCAGGAAUCUCUGGUGGUCCUCACUGCACAGGCUCCACGGAGUCUGACCCUGGACGUUACAGCUAGGAGGCUGUACUGGAUGAGUGAUUUUAAAAAGUCCAUAGAGACUGUGCGAGUGGAUGGUAGUGGUCGCUACAGCUUUCUGGAGUUCUUCAAGAGGAGACCAGCUCAGAGCCUGGCGGUGUUUGAGAGGUGGUUCUACUGGACAGAUCAGAUGGGUCUGUGGCGCUCCCCUCAGGACCGACCUAAUCAGAAGACCUUUAUUCAGAGGACAACACUCCCUGUCCUAGAGGCAUACCAUGAACAACAGCAGCCAAAAGCUCCAUCAGCCUGUGUAAAGUCUGGCUGCCAGCUCUGCAUGCUGACUCUGGACCUGCCUGCUGGGUUCACCUGUACCUGUCCUGAUGACAAACUGCUCAUGGCAGAUGGCUCAUGUGAAUAUCCCAGGUUUGCUUAUGCAACAUCCACAACACUGAACCUGUUUGAGUUGAAAGGGAAGGAGCUGAUCAAGACAAAACUGCUGACUACGGAUGACGUCAUGGAGUCUUUUGACAUCGACUGGAGGGGGGACUGGGUCUACUGGGCGAACAGCACUGGUCAUGUGAUGCGCUGGAGCCUCAAUACCGGCCAAACAGAGACUGUCCCUACGCUGAGACCAGCCUGCGUGGUGUCGGUAGACCAGAAGAUGAGAAAUCUGUACUGGCUGUCAUGUGAUGAAGCCUGUGUUGGCGUCACUAACAUGGAUCAGGGUUACCCACGGAGACUGUACCAGUCAGGCAGUGAGGUAAGAGAUGUUUAUCUGGACUGGCAGCGGGGGAGGCUGUACUUGCUGGAGGCUGGCUGGAUCCUAUCCAUGAGACUGCCAGGAGGAAACCCUAGGAAAGUCCUGAGAGUGGAGGGACACGUCGCUGGGCGCAUUGUUUUGGACCUACAAUCUAACACACUGCUCUGGAACACAGAGGGGGAUGAUCUGAAGAUCAUGAGUCUGUUGAAGUCGCAGACUCACCUGGUAGGCAGAGAGUGGAUUGUCCCUGGUUCCAUCGUGGCCGCUCAUUCUCCGCUCCUGGUGUCGCUGUUUAAUGAUGUCAUCACUGUGUGGGACCGGCGGGACAAGAGGCGUCUCCACGAUGUCCCUGUCGGACCAGGCGUUGUCAGGGUGAUCGUGGCUCUGGAUGUAAAGGAAGUGCCUCCUGCUCAGCCAGUCUGUACCAGUCCAUCAGUGAUGUGUCGGGGCUCUACUUUGUGCAUCUCCCAAACUCAGCUGUGUGACACAUUGAGAGACUGCCCUGAUGGUUUUGAUGAGGAGUCCUGCAUUACUAAAUGUCCAAACCGAGGUGAGUUCCGGUGUAAGGACAGGAGGAAAUGUAUUAAGAGGAGUCUGGUUUGUGAUGGACGCGCUCAUUGCCAUGAUGGCUCAGAUGAGAUUGGCUGUCCAACGAUCGCUGCUCCAACAUCCCAAACUGCGGCCCUGAAGUGCCGUAUGGGUUCUACACUGUGCAAGGAUGGGAGAGAGUGUGUCCUGCACAGCCAUGUUUGUGAUGGAGAGGUGGACUGUAAGGAUGGAUCAGAUGAACAGGACUGUGGAGAAUCUCCAGUUCCACUUACUACAGCUUAUUUGGCUCCAACUACAACCGUUCCAGAUAUUCUUCCUGCUCAGCCAGUCUGUACCAGUCCAUCAGUGAGGUGUCGGGGCUCUACUUUGUGCAUCUCCCAAACUCAGCUGUGUGACACAUUGAGAGACUGCCCUGAUGGUUUUGAUGAGGAGUCCUGCAUUACUAAAUGUCCAAACCGAGGUGAGUUCCGGUGUAAGGACAGGAGGAAAUGUAUUAAGAGGAGUCUGGUUUGUGAUGGACGCGCUCAUUGCCAUGAUGGCUCAGAUGAGAUUGGCUGUCCAACGAUCGCUGCUCCAACAUCCCAAACUGCAGCCCUGAAGUGCCGUAUGGGUUCUACACUGUGCAAGGAUGGGAGAGAGUGUGUCCUGCACAGCCAUGUUUGUGAUGGAGAGGUGGACUGUAAGGAUGGAUCAGAUGAACAGGACUGUGGAGAAUCUCCAGUUCCACUUACUACAGCUUAUUUGGCUCCAACUACAACCGUUCCAGAUAUUCUUCCUGCUCAGCCAGUCUGUACCAGUCCAUCAGUGAGGUGUCGGGGCUCUACUUUGUGCAUCUCCCAAACUCAGCUGUGUGACACAUUGAGAGACUGCCCUGAUGGUUUUGAUGAGGAGUCCUGCAUUACUAAAUGUCCAAACCGAGGUGAGUUCCGGUGUAAGGACAGGAGGAAAUGUAUUAAGAGGAGUCUGGUUUGUGAUGGACGCGCUCAUUGCCAUGAUGGCUCAGAUGAGAUUGGCUGUCCAACGAUCGCUGCUCCAACAUCCCAAACUGCAGCCCUGAAGUGCCGUAUGGGUUCUACACUGUGCAAGGAUGGGAGAGAGUGUGUCCUGCACAGCCAUGUUUGUGAUGGAGAGGUGGACUGUAAGGAUGGAUCAGAUGAACAGGACUGUGAGCUCCUCUGCAAAGCAGGUCAGUUCCAGUGUGCUCAUGGGAAGAAGUGUAUCGACCAGCAGCAGAUGUGUGAUGGAAAGGCACAGUGCCAGGACCGUUCUGAUGAAAUGGACUGCUUCAAGGCCACCAAGAGCUGCAGUCAUCGCUGUGACAACAAUAGCCGCUGUAUCCCAGAAACCUUCCUCUGUGAUGGAGAGAGAGACUGUGCGGACGGCUCUGAUGAGGAAGGCUGUGAUUUUGACAAGGUACUUCCUCCUGUCCUGCCAACUCUGGCUCAGACCUGUACCAGUCCAUCAGUGAGGUGUCGGGGCUCAACUUUGUGCAUCUCCCAAACUCAGCUGUGUGACACAUUGAGAGACUGCCCUGAUGGUUUUGAUGAGGAGUCCUGCAUUACUAAAUGUCCAAACCGAGGUGAGUUCCGGUGUAAGGACAGGAGGAAAUGUAUUAAGAGGAGUCUGGUUUGUGAUGGACGCGCUCAUUGCCAUGAUGGCUCAGAUGAGAUUGGCUGUCCAACGAUCGCUGCUCCAACAUCCCAAACUGCAGCCCUGAAGUGCCGUAUGGGUUCUACACUGUGCAAGGAUGGGAGAGAGUGUGUCCUGCACAGCCAUGUUUGUGAUGGAGAGGUGGACUGUAAGGAUGGAUCAGAUGAACAGGACUGUGAGCUCCUCUGCAAAGCAGGUCAGUUCCAGUGUGCUCAUGGGAAGAAGUGUAUCGACCAGCAGCAGAUGUGUGAUGGAAAGCCACAGUGCCAGGACCGUUCUGAUGAAAUGGACUGCUUCAAGGCCACCAAGAGCUGCAGUCAUCGCUGUGACAACAAUAGCCGCUGUAUCCCAGAAACCUUCCUCUGUGAUGGAGAGAGAGACUGUUCGGACGGCUCUGAUGAGGAAGACUGUGUGGCAAAGCUUUGUGGCCAGCAGCAGUAUCAUUGCAGUAAUGGUCAGUGUGUGUCUGAGGCUCUCCGUUGUGACGGCCAUGCUGACUGCGGAGACCAUUCUGACGAGGUGGGCUGUGCCAAACCCCCCCACUGUCCCCCGGAGCGCCGCUGCCCAAACAGCCAUGAAUGUCUUGUGGAGGAAUGGCUGUGUGAUGGGGAACAGGACUGCCAGGACGGUUCAGACGAGAUGAACUGUAAGGUGUCUCCAGUGACGUGUGGGGAGUUCCAGUGGAGCUGUGUCUCUAAGACCCAGUGUAUCCCUGCAACCUGGAGGUGUGAUGGACAGAAGGACUGUGAGGACUACAGUGACGAGGCCGGAUGUGACCAGUUGAAGUGCUCCAACCAGCUUUACCAGUGUGGUAGUGGAGAGUGUGUGGACCAUUCCCUGCUGUGUGACCACAUCAUCAACUGUCCUGAUGGAUCUGAUGAGGGGCACGGUUGUUCCACCAAUAACUGCUCCAGCCCUGGGACCCCCCAAUGUGACCAGCACUGUGUCAGCACCCCUUAUGGACCGAGGUGCAUCUGUGCUGCAGGCUUCCGGCUCCAGGCUAAUGGUUUGUCCUGUGUGGAUGUUGACGAGUGUAAUGAGGUCCUACCACCUGUCUGCAGCCACACCUGCCUUAACACCCGCGGCUCCUUCCUGUGUCGCUGUCACCAUGGAUAUCUGCUGGAACCAAAUGGGCACCGCUGCAAGACCCAAGAUGAGGCUCACCUGCUGGCGUCUGUUCAGAAUGAGCUGCUGGUGUUGGGGUUGCAUAGCUCCAGCCUUUCAUUGCUCUCCACUAGUCAGACACCUGUGUUCUGUGUGGAUUAUGACUGGAGAGACCAGAGGGUAUACUGGGUCAGUCUGGAGGAGGAGAGCAUCAAGUGGACUUCCAUCAACACCAAGGAAACAGGCACUCUGGUCAAAGGUGUGAAGUCUAAUUCUAUAGCUGUGGACUGGGUUGGCAGGAACCUGUACUGGCUGGAUGGGCUGGCCAGUCAGAUUCUGGCUGUGAGGCUGGGCACAUCUACAGUAAAGUCUCAGAACUACAUAGUGGUUCUGGAUGAGGAUCUGGAACAGCCUCGCUCACUACUGCUGCUGCCACACAAAGGAGAGAACUAUUCAAGUAUCCCACAAGAACACGGCAAGAACCGAAAGUUUUACCAAAAGACCUGGACAGCCUUUGGCAUCAGGAUUAUGCACCCCAUCCGGCAGACCAACGUGUCCAGCCCCUGUGAGAAGCUCCAGUGUUCCCACAUCUGUCUCUUGGCUCCAGGACUGUCGACAGGCCCCAGAGCUGGGUCUACGGGACCCAAAGCUGUGUGUAGAUGUGCAGCAGGGCUUCUCCUGGCUGGGGACGGCCUCACCUGCUCCACCCUUGUAGACACCACCUUCCUCUUGCUCCUCUCUCCUACUGCAGUUACACAGAUAUACCUUAGCACCAUCCAUAAUGGUGUGGGGUUGAAGCGGUUGCCUGAGCACCAUAUAUGGUCUCUGCCGUGGGUGCACCAGGCCUCGUGGAUGGAUUUGGCUGUACAGGAGAGGAAUUUAUACCUGGCUGAUGCUGCCCAGGGCUCAGUCGAUCUCCUGAAACUGAGUAGCUCAGGCCUGACACCAGACAGCAGAGUCCUGAAUCUCCAGGAUGAUACAGUGAUGGCUCUGGCUGUGGACUGGGUCACACUUAACUUGUACUGGAGCAGCAGGAAGCAGCCUGACCUACAUGUCACCACCACCAGGGGGCAGCACACUGCACCUCUACUCCAACUAGGUCUUCAGGGAACCACCUCCAUCGCCCUGCACCCCCCCUCAGGACGCCUGUGCUUCACGGCCUUGGGCCAGGUGAAUGUGAGGAGCCUGCCGCAGGUGGCCUGUGCCUUCAUGGAUGGACGUAGUCAGAAGCUGCUCUGGAGGAAGGCUGUUAUGCCAACCUCCCUUCUGUUCUCCAACAAGGGCACUCUGCUGUAUUGGGCUGACAUAGGUGCUGGAGUAAUCGACUCCAUUCUUCUGGAUGGUUCUGGAUAUAAACAGUUUAAAGCAGAUCCCGGCCUCAUGUCCUUCACACUGGCUGAGAACGUCCUCCUGUGGAGCAGCCUGGGUAAAGAUGUGACUAGAAUCUGGUUCAGUGAUGGAUUUCAGCCCAAGCAGCUGUGGUUUGAGGUCAAUACCAAUGUAGUGGCACUGAGGGUUUACAGCAAAACCAGUCAGAAAGGGGAGAGCAGCGGGGAACGCUGUCUCAGAACACAGGACUUUGCACUGGACUUCAGGACGCUGGCUGCCAAUGCGGGAAGGAAUGCGACGGCCCUGAUCGACCAUUACCAAUGUAGCCUACGUGAGGACGUUCGUCGGGAGCUGGCCUGCAGGGACACCACCCUUACCCUCGACCAGCUUGUGGAUUCAUCCAUCCGGCUGGAUAACCUGUUGGCCACCCGCGGAUGUCCGGAUCGGGGUCCGUCCAUUCCAUCCCACAGCACCUCCGAUCCUACACCUAUGGAGCUUGGAGGUGCUGCUCUAAGGGUGACCGGAGCGGGUGCCGUUUCCUGCACCACCUGUGGCCGCAGAGGGAACAGUGCUGGUCGGUGCUGGAGAGGUUCCCCAGGGAGUCGAGGCAGCAGGCAGGGCACUGGUGGAUCAUCCCAGUGUGACCAAGUCAUUUUCAACCUGGUGCGUAUCCGGGAGGGGGAUGAGUGGAAGACGGCAUUUAGUACCACCUCUGGGCACUAUGAGUACCUCGGCAUGCCGGUGGAGUUGGAGAGUGACCGCAUUUCAGCCAUGCGUAAUUGGCCGACUCCAACCAUGGUAAAGGCGGUGCAGAGGUUCUUAGGGUCUGCCAACUACUACCGGAGGUUUAUCCAGGGCUUUGGUCAGGUAACGGCUCCCAUUACGUCCUUGCUGAAGGGGGGACCGGUGCGACUGCAGUGGUCAGCUGGGGGCGGACAGGGCUUUUGGUCACCUGAAGGCUCUGUUUACCUCGGUUCCCGUACUGGCUCAUCCUGA